AUAAAUCAUUAGGUAGAAGUAAUACUGUAUCAAUUAAAUGCAAUGUGGCCAAUGUUUCGGGUUCCAUUUUAGAAUGAGUUGCGUAGUUUUUUUCUUUGCGUGUUGAUUUGUUUGUUCAUUUUAUAUCGUCGUUAUUAUCAAGUGAUUCGCAAACACCCUAUGAGAAAUAAUGCAUUCGAAAUUGAUUUUUUUGUUGUUUGUUUUAGCGUUGAUUCAUCUGAUCAAAUGUGAAAAUGAUCGAAAAAUGAAUGAUGAACAAUUUACAAAAUUAACAUCAGAAAUAUUUCGUACAGAAAUUAUUCCGGCUAAAAUGCAGGCUAUACAACGUGCGAUUAGACCAAGAUGUCUAAAAGCAAUGGCCAAAAAAUUCGAUCAAUGUUCAAAACAUUUUGAUGAAGAAGUAAAAAACAUGGCAAUCGAUAAAGAUGUCGACAAUUCGAUCACCAGUGGCAGUGAAUAUGCUAGCCGAUGGCCAGCCUGUUGCAUUAUUUAUCGUCAUCAUAAAUGUAUAAAACGUGCCAUUGAAUUGAACUCGUUUUAUUCGCUCAUGCUUUGCGAUGAAACUGAUGUGACAAGUGCCGAAUCGAUACUUGACCAAACCGAUCAACAUGGAUUCUGUCCGACAAAUGAACAUAUUGAAUAUCAAUUGUGUGAUGAAGAAUCGAAUAGUUUUUUUGGCCACAAUACAUUGACUACAAUUGUUUUAUUACUUGGAGCAAUGACAUUAUCAACGGCCCUUUUGCUUAGUGGUUACAUUGUUUGGACUGUUCAACAACAACAUCGUCGUCAAUUGGCUAUGGCUAAAUUUCAACUUUUGGAACCAUUAGAAGUUGAAAUGAUUUCAACCACUGAACUGAAUAGAUCACAUGAUUAUUGAAGAAUCUCAUAUAAAUAUAGACAAAUUCAUUGUAUUUAUCAUGACAUUGACAUUUUGAUUUUUUUUUUUUAAAGAAACUUAAAAAAAAAAA